UUUUUUAACACCAAUAGUAUAAUAUACGACGUACCUCCUAUACUUGUAAUCCAACGGUAAUUUGUAAACACUUAUUGACGUACUAUAAAAUGCGAACAAUUGUUAUGUCGUGUGUUUUUACAAAUCUAUGUUGCAUUAUAACAUUGUACAUUUUAACCGGCAUAGCGUGUGUCGCGCCACUGUAGCCUGCCGCCGCCGUCGUCGUAAUCAUUUGGAUCUGUUAACGUCUUACUUGGGCAGGAUUAGAAUGAUUAUUUGUAUGUCUAAUACUGUCAGGUAAUGAUGUCCUCAGAUACCCAUAAAUCUUCGAGAACUCCCGUCAUCGGCGGCGCCAAUUGUGUCCGGAAAGUAGGUAUAGGUAAUUUGUUUAUUUUGUUUUUGAUUUUUUUACUGACAACCGGGUACGGUAUUUAUUUCGUUAUUAUUGUAUGUACCUGUUUAUAAUUUAUUAUACGCACCGUUAAUUCGUAUACGAUUUGUGUGCGCACACUGUAUAUUAUUAUGACAAUGCGUAACGAUUGCCGCGGUUGUGUGCGCACGCGCGCGCGCGCUUUACAAUGAUAUUGUAAUUAUAACCUAAAACGGUCCGUGUAUUCCAACACGGAAUUCGCCUAAUCGCGAGCAGUUAUUUAUCGAUAUUAUUAUGAUUUGAUUUUUUUUUUUUUUUUAUGUGUUUUCACAAGUCCGCGCACACGACACGGAAACAAAACAAAUUGAUACAAAAGCGAGAUUUGUAUGGGUACUACUCGCACCAGUUUCGUUCAAACUUCAUCAUAACCGACGGUAGGUAUUGUGUUGGCGUGUAACAACAGUCCGUCGAAUAACCGUUUAAACGCCGCCGAUAGCUAAUCGCAACGAAAUGGCAUUUUUCAAUUGUGGAAUCUUGACAAUAUUACAAUGUUUUUCUUUGUGAAGAAAAUUGCAGCAAAAAAAAAAAAAAAUGACUAUUAUCAUAAUUAUCAUUUAUUUAACUACGUUAAAUAUUUUCUUGAGCGUAUUUAUAAAAAGUAGAUAAUAUAUAUGUUACAUAAUUAAUUAUUCCGUAUACAUAUACGAUUGAGAAUUCGACUAUUAUGCGUAUUAUACAUAAAUGUAUGUAUUAUUAUAAUUAACGGCAGCGUGUUAAUAAUAGUAAUAAUAAUAAUACAAAAACGCGUUAUCGAAAAUAUUAUAAUAUUAUGGUAUACGUUUUAUCUUCGUUACAAUUGAACGAACGGUUGGGUUUUUAAUAGUCGCAUUAUAUUGUAUUGUAUUGUAUUAAAUUUUCGUGAUUAUUAUAAUUUCAUAAUAAUACUGACGGGGAAAAAAAAAAAAAACUCCGUGCUCGUACUAGUAUAUCGUAUGCGCCGGGGGGGGGGUAGUGGGGGGCUCCCCAUUUCACGUGUUCACGUGAAAUUGACAUUCGAAUCUAUGAUGCCGUGUGCUCGGAAAAUCCGUGCGCACGUUUUACACGUUGCGUACGCGCGUAGUCUGUGUUCUCGCGUUGUUUUUCACGCGUUCGCGUGACUGCUAAACCAACACACGUGAAACGCGGGCCGGUUGUAUCGUUUCUGAAAAUUCCGUGAAAUGGCCGCGUUGCGCACGUUUGGAUUCGUGUUGGGCCCGUCGGAUUUCAAUUCGUGAUGUCGACGUAUACGAUACGGCGGGCGCGUAACGUAUUAUAAAACUUCGUCGUACGUAAAAUUGGAACAUUUUUAGUCGUGUUUCGCAUGCGAACGGAAUUUGUCCGUAACGCCCCGCGAAUGCGUCAAAUAUCAACGAAUAUUAUUGGGUCAUCGUCGCGAAUUGGGCUGUUUGUCGAACCGAGAGCCCGGUCGAAUGCCCCGUGCAAAUGAUAACGGGACGACGAUUAAUUUUAAAAUCGAUAUUUUCUGCGACGCGGGCGGGGUUUUAAUGUCUGAAACCUUAUCGAUAACGCUGAAUAUAAACCUGUCGGGAUGCGUAAUCAAAACGAAUAAUAGACCGCAGGUAAAUCGUCUGCGUUGAUUGCACAAUAAUAUUAUGUCCGUUCUGGCGUGUAUGACGGCGUUCGAUUUGUGCGCGGUUAUGACUUGGCCGCGGCGCGCGUUUCGAUACGGUUCGACCGACGAGUUUUCUAAAUGACAUUUGGCUUGACAUUCACUUUUUCUUUCGUUUUAUUAAAUCCGUUUUCCGAUUGAAUUUUUUCAAUUUUUUUUUUUUUAUUUCUCUACGCUAAUAUAUUACCGAUGUAUUACGCAGGCAUGCGUAUCGCGUUAACGAAUGUUUUCACGCGGCGGUAUGCAGACGUACGUUACAAUAUUAUUACUAUCAGUGUCGGUGAAAAUGUCCCGGCACGGAAUUAUUAUGCCACGGAAUGUUUUGUACGAUGUGCACAGAGUAAUAUUAUUAUGGUAGCAGUGUGGUGGGCUAAAAUCGAGAGGCGGCCGCCUCUGGAAACAUGUGCGAGCCAGAUAAUAUUUAGUGGCAUCGAGAGAUUUAUGAAUGACUUUGAAAUACCUCCUGGCCAGACGGAUUUGACGUAUCGUCAAAUAAUGUAACCAAACUCAACGCGGCGAAUUAUUACAAUAUAAUAAAAAUAAUAUCCCGACGUAUUAUUAAUCGCCCGUAAAAUAACCGAAUUGCGUUCGUGCGCAGUGACUGUUUAAACAAUUCAUUUUUAUUUCUGUGCUUGCUUGCUGCGCGAGUCGUCCAACGCCCGUUAUUUUUCGUUUCUUCCUAUUUAUCUCCAUUCGUUCAAACGAAAUAUCGUUUAUUAAUAUCCCUUAAACCGGCGCAGCGGCGUUGUUUUUUUUCACGAUUUUCUCCGGCUGAUCAACGUAUUACGGCUACACCGGACGCCACGGGUAUAUUUUCUAUACAUAUCGACCGGAGUCGAUUUCCGAGUUGAUUUUGAACCCAGUGUAUUAUUGACGUACGGCCGGUUUCAUAGUAUUAUUUUGUACACCGUACGACUGAUCUAUACACGCGUACGCACAUUGUAAUAUACCGCGUGAAAUGUCGAUGUGGCUCCUCAAAACCCAAACCGAACGGAAUAAUGAAUAAUAAAUAGUACAGAAGUUUGACGUAGACACGUACCUGGAUAUAUUAUAAUGCAUACAGGAUGAUCAGACAUUAUAAUAUUGUGUUGUCGUCGGUAGGGGGGUGGGGGGGUUUGCAUGAAAACCGUGUAUGUUAUGUGAUCCCGGCGACCUUACUGUAUUUUUUGAACAUGAAUUUAUAAUCGCCCUGUAUGUUCGUUUGCGCGUGUAUUUCUUAUCGAUGCAUAGACUUAUUAUGGUCGUUUUAUAAUUUGAAAUUCGAAUGGGAAAAAUCAACAUAAACAUGACGAAAAACAAAUACAAUGUUGAUCCGUUGAAACGACGGCGAUUACCACCGUGCGAUAUAGACAUUGGUGUAAAUCACGAGAUAGCGUCGUCGGCAUCGCGGUUCGUUUCGAGUCUAGUGAUAUUAUCGUUUUACCUCUAUUCGUAUUUUUUCAUGUUUCCGUAAAUUUAUGUAGCUAAACAACACCGGUUCAGUGUAUCGCGUGCUGACAUCUUAAACAUUAUCUACCGUCAAAAUGAAACCUAUACAAUAUUUUAUUUUUUUGCGUUUAAGCUACGCUAGUCCAAUAAGUUAUAUUAGCGCACAUUUUUAAAGUAUCGGUAUCCGAAAUUUGAUCAUAUUGCAUCUGCUUAACCUAUUUAAUGUUUAGCCAAACACUGUUUCUUUAAAAUUUAUCUGCACGUUUUUUUCAAAUAAAUAUCGAAGUAUAUUCAACGAUAGCGUUCUAAUAUUCCUGGCUCUCUAAUAAAAUAAAAUCUAAAAUAAGUUAUUGUAUACAUAAUAUAUAGUUUUUAAUUUUUAUGAAAUCGAUGUACGAAUUUCAAUAACUUACAAGUAAAUGCUAAAUCAGAAUCCUCGAUAACUUGAUGGAAAAUAAAUUCUCAUUCUCUUCUGGGCUUCGAGUUAUCGAUAGUAUAAUAUUAUAUUGCGAACAAUGUAAGCCAUAAGUAAUUUUAAACAAAUUACUAUUAAAAAUUAAAAAUUACUAAUUUUAAAAAAAAUUUAAUUAGUAAUUAUGUUCAUAGGUUUAAAUGUGCGUUUCAUAAAAUGUUUAUCAACAAACAUAGUACGUACAAUGGUAUUUAAUUUUAAAGUUGGUACAACUGUUGAAUAUUAAUGAAUUUAAAUCUUCAUACAACAAUUAACUGUAUAUUAUACUAAUUUUAAAAUAAAAUUAAUCACCGAACACACGAUUUAUUGUAGUUGUACACAUACCUAUAUUUUAUCAUACUAUUAAUAUUGUUAAAUAAAUGCGCGAAACUUUGGACGUUUGGGAGUCGGGUCACGUCAAAGCGGCCGAACGAGUUAUGAUGAAAUUUGGCACACAGAAUAUGUUCUGGGUUAACACAUAGGAUACUUUUUAUCUCGAAAUUCAGUACAUUUGGCUGACGCAGGGUUUUUAGUAUUUUUGGAACGAGAAAAUCGAAAUACUUUUGUUGAUUUGUAUUGGGUUACUUUUGACAACACGGAUGACAAAAAAAAAAAAAAAAAAAACAGUUAUUGUUGGUUAAUUUGAGGCUGUGGCGGACAAAAAAGUACACUGCACUUUUAAACAAAUUAAAAAAUUACCGUGCAACGGCUAACUGUGAUAGGAACGGUGUGUAAACGGGAAGUCGCCAGGAAAUACGUUUUUAUAUAUUUUAAAAUUUGUUUCGUCCAAUAGUGGUGUUCAUGGACAAAGCCGUGCGGGACAACUACUGUAGUUUUUUUCUUUUUAUUUUUUCUAGGUACACUGCAUACUAAAUUGAUGGUCCUUAUUGUCAUUAUUAAGCACCCCUUUAUAUAAUGUCACAGCAUAUAGGCACUCGUAUAUAGUAUACUAAUCGGCAAUUUAAAUAAAAUACCAGCAUUUUAUAGGACUUCUCAAUUGGUAGACAUAAAAAAAAAAAAAUAAUAAUAAUAAUAAAUAAAUAAAAAACAAUACAAGAAAAGUACACUGGAAAUAGAGAGUAUACACACUGUCGUCUAACUCUUGUGAUGGCUGCUAUACAUGUAGAGCGAACACAUGCGUCGAAAAACAUAAUAAUAAAUGAACAAGCUGUCUAAAUACGCACGGGGUGGGGGAGCCACAUAUACGGGCUACAAACUAUUAUAUUGACUUUAUUAAACGGCACUCAUUCCUGCUGGCUUCCGUUUGAAUUACAUACGUUAUUAGAAUUUGAGAGAAAAUUUAUAGAAAAAAAAAAAAAGAGACUAAUAUAAUUUGUACCUUUAAUGUAACACGAAGUGUGUAAUAGUGUUCCGAAAGUAAUUUCACGAAAUUAAACCGGCCUUAAUCGGUUUUAGAUUCGGUAUAGCGGAGCUACAGAACUAUAAUAGAUGUAACCAUUUCGCGUAUUUUACCUCUUUUAUUAUCUUUGGUCCCAGGAAAAAUAAGACUAAAGACGUAAGUCAAUUUUUUUUUUUUUUACUUAUAUUAUUAUUUCUCUCCGUAAUUUUCCUUUUUUUUUAUUUCCAUUUUCUUUUUUUAUGUAAUCGACUGUUAUAACCCUGUGAAUAAUAUAAUACCGUGAUAUUUAUAAUAUUCGAAAUAUUCAGCUACAAUGCCCACACGUAUAAUAAUACCUAUCUAUUUUUUAAUUGUCAUUUACACAUUUGUUUAGCGCAGUGUUUCCAAACUUUUUUCACAGUGCGGACCACUCGAAAUGUCGCGGACCACCUUAAUUUGAGAAAGAAUUUUGUUUACAAGCCAUAACGAAAGUUUUGGCUUCAUUGUUUUUCCAAAGAUUUACUACAUAGUAUAAGUAUUACUAGAGUAUUUUAUUGUAAUUUAUGUUAACCUAAUGUGAUUUUUGAACCAGGUUUUCCUUAACAAGUUUGGAAAUUCUGAGAUAGAUACGUUUGCUGAGAGCUGAAUAGUAUAUACGCAUGCCGUCACUUAUAUCCACUCGAUUCCUCUAUUUGUGUGUUAUCAUGAUCAUACUCAAAAAUCACUCAUACAAUUAUAAUGUAAAAAAUAUAAAAAGAUCAUUGCCAAGAAGGCAAUUUCUCUGAGUUAAAUUUAUGAUGGUGAUGCAACGUGAUUUUUUUUUUAUGUUUAAUUUCUUUUUUGGAAUUUUUUUAAUAAAAAAAAAAAAAGCUUAGCAUAGAGAGCUCAUAACAAGUUCUCUUAAAACUGAUAACAAAAUAAUACAUUUUAUCAGACCAGAUUGACCAACACUUAAACCUAAAAUCCCCUAGACCAUUACCAUAAUGAUGAUUAUAUUGCAUGCUAACAUUUUUAUGUAUAAUACAUUUUUGUAAAUGUAAGUGAACUAAGAAAAUUACGAGAAAAACUAUAAAUAAACUGAAUAUAAGACAUGCCUUUAAAAUCAAAAUUAUUAGAUACUGAGAGUCGACAGACAAGAGUUCUCAGAAUUGGGUUGUAUAGAUGGGUACCUACAAUAAUAACGAUAUUAAUAUAAUUAAUUUUAAUAAUAUAAUAUAAUAAUAAUAAUAUAUAAUAUAAUUAUAAUUUUAUAAUUAAUAUUUUUAUGAACGGAAACUCCAAAAUUCUGAUUUAACAUUGAUUUCUGGAAUAAGGACUACAAAUAUUUAAAUUUGAAUUCAAUUUUUAUGUUUUGGUGAAAAAUAACAUUUUAGCUCUUUCCAGUCCUGUAUAUCAUAGUUCGUGGUACAGAUUGGAUACACAAAUUGAUAUUAGAUUAUUAUUUGGAAUAGGUUACAUUUUUUUUGGUUGGUAUAAUAAGAUAUUAUUUUUUUUUUCUUAUCAUUUUUAAGAGAACUGGUUUUGGCCUUAACUUAGAUGCAAUGUUAUAUACUAUAAUAUAUUAUUUACAAAUAUUUGUUUGUGUUUUAAAGUAAGUUUAUUUAUUCUCAAAAUUUUAAGGGCCAAAAGCAGUUCUCUUAAAAAUGAUAAGUAAAAACAAAUAAAUAAUAUCUCAUACCAACCGAACAAAAUGUAAAUUAUUCCAAAUUAUAAUUUAAUAUUAGUUUGUGUAUCAUCCUGUGCUAAAAUGUAUUUAUUUGCUUUAUCAGCGACACGAGUUCAAUAAUUUCUCUGAACUUGAAAUUAUUUUUCUAACAAAAUAUAAAAAUUUAAUUUUAAUUUAAGUAUUUAUAGUCCUUGUUCCUGCAAUUAAUGUUAAAAUUAGAAUUUUAGUGUUCCGGUUCAUAAAUAUAUUAAGUAAAUAAAUUAAUAACUUAAUAUCGUUAUUAUUGUAGACACAUAUCUGGCUACCUAUACUUAGGCACUAUAAACAUGAUAUAUAAGGGUACUCUCGAAUUCAGGUAGAAGACCUUUUUUCACUCGAAUUGCCUCUCAUAGCAUACCUAGAUUAUUAAUUAAUAAAUCGAUAGUUGACGUAUAUAAUGGACUAUUUAUAUUGAUUUCCAUAAUGUUCAAAAAUAUUAUUUUUAUGACUUAUAAUAAUUUAUAAAUAUAGCGUUUCCCAGACAGGUUAUUUGUGAAAUGCAAUAAUCGUAUCGAUAACUGAUUAGUAAAUUAAUUGACCGUCUAAUUAUUUUGGAUUCCGAGCGUAGCGAGUGAACAAUUUGUUUUACUAAGAUGUUUAUUUUUUUUCUUCCUUCUAGUCGUGGACACAUUUUUUCCUAGUAAAAUUUCUCCGGUUUUUACCCGUACCAAUUUUUCUGAAAGCUCAAGUUGUCUAGAUAGUACUUUAGAGAGGUCAUAUUUUGAUUUUUUGAGCCAUUUUUAAUUAAGGCACAUAAGUGGGCAAAAACGUAGGAAAACGUAAAAUUUCACGAUUUCAUUAUUAAGACACUAAGGUCGUAUACUUAAUACAUAUAUAUAAUUUUUUUUUAGUUUUAAAAAAUCGAAAUAGAAAUCGAUUUCAAUACAAGGCCACUGCCUAAAAUAGGAGACAAUUCGAGUAAAUGAUAUUUUUGAAAUCGAGAAGCGAUUCGAGUAACAUUUUUAAAAAAAAAAUUCCCGAGAGGCGAUUCGUGGAUCAGGUGGAAGGCAAUUCGUGUGCGUCCUUGUAUAGUGUGCCCUAUUAUAUGCCUAUAAACAACCUGAUUCUGAGAACUCUGUAUAAAUAAUUUUGAUUUCAAAAGCAUAAAAGUCUUAUAUUCAGUUUAUUGAAAAUACUUAUUUUCUAAGUUUACCUACAUUCAUCAAAAUGUAUUAUACCAUCAAUGAUUAUCCAAAUAUGUAAAAAUGGUAGCAUAAAAUAUAAUUAUCAUUAUGGUAAUGAUCUAGGAAUUUCAGGUUUAAUUGUUAGUAAAUCUGAUCUGAUAAAUUUUUUUUUUUUGUUAUCAGUUUUAAGAGAACUGCUAUGAGCUCCAAUUUUAAAAUUAAAUUGUAAACUUGUAAACAAUUCAAAAUUAAUAAAUAAACCACGUGGGAUUAAUUUAAUGGUUUGAAAAGUCUAUGUAGUAGGUUAAUACAAAAUUUGUGUUAACGUAUAGGUUUUAUAUAUUUCAACGAUUUAUUUUUUAACAAUAAUGCCAUUUUUUCAAAACCUAAUCAUAAAAUUUAAAAUAUAUAAUUCGUGUAUACCCACAGAAAGUGUAAAUUGGUGUUUAAUACUGAAAUAGGGAUCCCUAUCGUUUCUUUCAUAAUCUGAAACACACAUUGACAUUUUUUGACUAUGAUACAUUUAAGUAGAAAAAACAAAUCGACAAAAUUCUGUUAUUAGAACUCCCGUUGAAGAAUUCAUUCUGUAUUAACUAUAUGUAUAUUUUCUAAAUACAAAAAAUGCCGAUUUCAAAUGCAGGUAUCUAUUUAAUAAACUGAUUAAUUAAGAUUCAUUUAUGAACUAAUUAGUGAAUAGGAAACGUGGUAAAUGACUCGUUCUGUAAACUUUAAUUUGUACCUACGAACGGUUUUAUCGUAAUUAAUUAAUUUUUAUACUAGUAUGCUGUAGGUACCUACAUAUUAUUGAUGUUGAACAUAAUGUAUAUUAUAUAAGUUGUUUUUUUUUUUUUUUGACUGAACCUCCAUUAAUAUUGUAUAAGUCUAAUAUAAUAUAAUUGAAAAAAAAAAUUUAAUUUUUACAAUGUAGAAAAAUAAUAAAUUUUAAUUAGAUAACUAUUCCAUUAUCGUUUUAAUGCAUACGUCAGUACUAAUUUUGAGCUACAUCACAUUGUAAUUUAAUUUAAUUAUAAUACGAGAUGAACUAUAUUUAUGUAACGUGUUCAUGUAAUGACCAAUAAUAUUAUAUAGGUACCAACUAUAUUAUUAUCGUAUUUACCAUAAUAUACAUCUAAUAUAUUUUAUAAUUAUUGUAUUUUUUAAAUAUAUUUUAUAUUUAUUAUUAUUAUUAUUAUUUAUUUGUGUUCAAUUUUUUAUUUAGUACUGCAAUGUGUAGAGGAACAAUGGAAGAUUCGAACCUGAUAGUAAAAUUCAUAGCUUUCUGCAAGUGAGAGAUUUCAAAUAACUUGGAGUUAACAUAAACCAACAUAACAAUAUGUAUAAUAAAACCAAGCUAAGGAUUUCUGUACCUACCUAUAUACAAUUUGUUUGUGAUAAUUUAAAAUAAAAAUGUACUUUGCUG